GAGAGCUUUCCCGCCGGUGAUCUCGGCCGGCGGCGGCGAUUCGAAUCUUAUUCUAGUUGACACUCCCUAGAGCGUCCCUGAUUCUCGUUUGACACCGAAGCCUCUCUCUCCGACUCCGGAUCCAAAUCGUCUGCCGCAGUCCAGACUCCAGAGGCUGCGGUGAGGAGCACAGGAGACAUAUGCUAUGGUGAGGGGAAAUGAGGACUACUCGUGAAGGGAGAAGCCGCGGUGAAGCAGCCGAGCAACGUUGGCCACAUGGCUGAGGACCGCCCGAAACAGGCUGCGGCGGGCGCCGAGGACGCCGCCAUGGACACGGAGGCCGGUGCCGGUGAGGGGCGGAGCGCCGCCGCGGUGGCGGGCCUCCUCCGCGGGUUUCUCGCCGUGCAGCAGCGCCGCGCCGAGGCCUACUCCACGCUACGAAGGGGGUUUUCUGAAUAUAUGGCUAAUGGAGGUGAAUUGGCCUAUCAACAGCUGUGUGGCAAUAUUACAGCAGAGUUCAAUGAUUGUUCAAAACAAGUGCUUGAAAUGAUUUCUGUCCUCUCAAUGCCAGAAUUUUGUCGUAGUGAUCUUGCCGAUUUACUGAAGAGUGUUCAAGCACAAGAGAAAGAGAAGUUGCAUUUGACAGCGAAGAUUCAGGUGCUCAAGAAAGCCUGCCGCCCUUCAGAACGCCUGGUGAACCAUGCGGACUGCAGGUCACGUAGCCUGACCCAGCACGUGUGCGUCCACGUCAAGGAGAUCACAGAGGCCGCAGGAACGGAAGACGCCGAGGCAGAUGCGGAAUACGAGGCUGCCCUCAAGGAGGCCAUACAGGGCGUGCAGGAGGCAGUGACCAGCAUAAACGAGCACAUGGAGGAGGUGCGCUACGAGAUCGACGCUCUUGAGGCAGAGACGGUUGGGAGCAGGUUGACGGAAGUUGAGGAAGCGUUCCCUUCUACGCUGUCUAUAAAGUAGGAAGAGAUGUUGCGCGCGGAGGACUGGAUACUUGCAGGCAGAAGCUGGUCGCAGGUGAAAUGUUUUGGACUCUGUUCAGUUCAGAAUGCUUGGCAAUGGAAUUAUAUAUGAAUGAAUUAUCUAUAUGUAGGUUAACAUGAGUUAUAUAUGAAUUAUGAUGUCCAUGUUCCUUCUAGAAUGAAUGGAAUUUGAAGAACUGA